AUGGUGCAAAGAACCUUUACGCUCAUCCCGAAAUUCCCGGGUCGCGAUGAAACUACCGACAAACCGCCCCCGCGGCCUAUGACGUCGAAACAAGUUCGGAAUGCAUACAAAGCCGCAAAUAAAGGACCGAAACUCACCCGAGCUGAGCAAUGGAAACAAGAGAAAGCUGAACAGGAGAGGAUAAGAAAAGAAUUCGAACGUGAAAAGGCGGCGGCCAAGGCCAAAGUUGUACGGGAUAAGAAGAAGGAGAAGGAAUUGGCCGAGAAGGAAGAGAAGCGGAAGAAGAGAAUGCCACUUGUCAAUGUUCGACCAAGUCAAGAAACUAUUUCGUGGUUUGUGAGAGGUAAUGGGUCUACGAAGAAAAGGGAUGCACAGGGAAAGGAAGUCGACGAGAUUAAUACGACGACGAACGAGGACAAUGAUGACACGAAAGAAACUACAAGCGCAAACGAUGAUGAAACGGAACAACCUGUUAUGAAGAUACGGAAGUUGGAUGAUAUACUGGAAGACGAUGAAGAUAUAUCCGAUCCUGAGAAUGUCGGGUUAAGAACGAGGGAACCAUCACCAAACCUCUCCAAGGAACAACAAAGAAUCGAAGGGCCUUUGAGAGAAACAAAGGAAGACGGCGCUACCGAACCUGUAGAAGAGGCGCCACUAAGUGCUGAGACUCAAAUGCCAGCACCGAAACUACCAAUACCAGAAAUCGAGCUUGAAGGAAUGGAAGACGAAUUGGAUGAGGAUUUCGAGGAGGAUCUGGCACUUGGUAUGCUGGAAGACAUCGAAGCAGCCAUGGACAAGCCGGCCCCCGAAACAACCCAUGCUAUCGAUGCUGUCCCAAGAUGCUCUAUCAAACCAAACUCGGCAGUAACGCAACCGCCAGUUAAUAACACCAAAAAACCAGCAUCCGAUCGCUACGCCAAGGAUCUGGGUCUACACCGUCCGUCUUCCCCAACUUUUAUCAAACCGCCUCUUCCCCAGCGUUCACCACGAAACUUGGAAGCAGGGUCUUCAUCACCACCAAGACAGGAACCACCAAUGAGUACUCAAGCUAUCCUGUACAAUCUGGACGACUUCUUCCCCUCUUCCUCUCAACAAGCACGCGAACUCGAGGAAGACCUGGACGACGACAACUUGAUGCCAUCGGCGCCCUUACAUCUCGCACCGAUAGCAGAAGAGGAAGAAGAUUUUGAUUUUGAAGAACUUGAGAAAUCUCCAGAACAACUUCGCUUACCGGUACUCAAUCCAGCCCUUGAAUCACCACCUCCGCCACCGAGGCGCUUCUUCACAUCCUCUGGGUCGCAUGAACGAAUGUGUCUUGCUCUCCAGCGAAGUCGCCGUACAGCAGCAUUGGAGCAGAUUCAACAGCGUGAAAGAUCGCGAAUCCAGGCCGGAAAUCGCCAAGUCGUUAAAACCGACCAAUCUGCCAAAAAGCCACAAGUUUUUGCCAAACCCCCACCACAACAUAUUCAACGCAAUGAGCCUCGACAAGUUCCUUCCAAAACACCAGCACCGCCUCAACAGAAACAUCACAUUAACAAACCUUCUCCCCCAAAGCGUACGGAGACGCCAAAGCAACUUCACCAACAGCCCUCUAGAACAUCACUCGCACCCCACAACGUGAACACUCCCAAGCGAGUUCAUCCACCGAAACAAACGCCCCCAGUACGGCGGCCAUCACAAGAAACCAAGGAGAACCAGAGGCCGUCACAAGAGCCUUUUGCGUUUAGUGCUUCGCAAGAGUCAUACGGCGGAGAUUGGGUAGAUGACAUUGCGCUAGAACUCAUGAUUUAA